CCUUUUCAUUUUCAUUUUCAUUUUCAUUUUUUUCUACUUCUCUCUCUCUCUCUCUCUCUCUUCAAGAAAAAACACUGAACUUUCUUAUAAGAAUCUCAUCUCUCUGCUUCUCUCCUACCUUUUCUUCUCUUUUCCCAAACCCACCAAAAAAGGAUCAAUUUUUUUUAUUCCCCAGAAAAAAUAAAUAAAUUCCCCUCAAUCAACACAACGCUUAAAUCACCCUAGUUCUCUCUCUCUCUAAAAAGUACUAGUGGUAUUCUGAAAGUUGAAACCUUUCACCGUUUCCAAAUUCCGAUGGCUAUAAUGAGGAGUAUAAUGAGAUCGAGGUCGCAAAGGGUGGUGCAGGAGGAGGAGGUGGUGGUGUUCGACGACGGCUUAAGGCAGAGUUGUUGGGCCAACAUGCCCCACGAGCUCCUCCGUGAGGUCCUCAUCCGAAUCGAGGCGUCGGAGGCCACGUGGCCGCCGCGGAAGAGCGUCGUCGCCUGUGCCGGAGUGUGCCGGAGCUGGAGACAAAUUACCAAGGACAUCGUCAAGACCCCCGAACUUUCCUCUAAGAUAACCUUCCCCAUCUCUGUUAAGCAGCCUGGCCCAAAGGAGCAUCUCCUCCAGUGUUUUAUAAAGCGUGAUCGAUCCACCCAAACAUAUCAUUUGUUUCUCAGUUUAAGUAGUACGCUAGCUGAUGAAGGGAAGUUCCUUUUGGCUGCACGCAAAUGUAGACGUUCCACCUGCACAGAUUAUAUCAUCUCUCUAGAUGCAGAUGAUAUUUCAAGGGGAAGCAACACCUAUGUUGGGAAACUGAGAUCAAAUUUUCUGGGAACCAAGUUCACAAUCUAUGAUGGCCAGCCACCUCAUGCAGGGGCAAAGAUUACAAAAAGUCGCUCCACUAGGCUGGUGAACCUAAAACAAGUCUCGCCCAAGAUCCCUACAGGAAACUAUCCAGUGGCCCACAUCUCAUAUGAAUUGAAUGUGCUAGGCUCCAGGGGGCCUAGGCGAAUGCAUUGUGUGAUGGAUUCCAUUCCUGUCUCAGCAAUUGAAACAGGAGGGGUAGCCCCUACACAGACCGAGUUUUCUUUUAACAACGUAGAUAUGUUUCCUUCAUUCCCUUUUUUUCGAUCAAAAUCAAAUCGUGUGGAAAACCCCCCCUCCGGACCCCUGGGCGAUCAAAAGGAUGGGAUGCUAGUGUUGAAAAACAAGGCUCCAAGGUGGCAUGAGCAGCUGCAGUGUUGGUGCUUAAACUUUCAUGGACGGGUGACAAUUGCCUCAGUUAAAAACUUUCAGUUGGUGGCAUCCCCAGAAAAUGGACCUUCUGGACCAGAACAUGAUAAGAUUAUCCUCCAAUUCGGAAAAGUUGGGAAGGAUUUGUUUACAAUGGACUACCGGUACCCUAUCUCGGCAUUUCAGGCAUUUGCAAUCUGCCUCAGCAGCUUUGAUACAAAGAUUGCUUGUGAAUGAUGUGUUUAUACAGCUUCAAUCCAGAUUACAUUGUUAUUUCUUUUUCGCCGCUGCUGAUGAUGUAUGGUUUGAAUGUAACUUGGAGGGAAAGCAAUCCGAUAAAACAUGUUCAGGAAGAUGAUUUGAUGGUAUUGAAUUGAAUUUAAAAGGACGGUGAUGCAGAUUUGAGUGUUUCAGUUGAUUUAUGGGAUCACAAUUCAUCACUUGUGGGAAGAUCACAUGAAAGUGUAAAGUAACUUGGAACUUGUAUUAUCCCGUGUAUACUGUUCCCUGUGUACAUAAAUACCCUCUCUCUCUCUCUCUCAAUUCUUCUUAACAAUUUGCUUUACAUUUGGUUAUUUAUGCAAUUUAAUGGUGGUAUGUAAGUGGGUCUAUUAGCAUCGAAGUUGAUAGUAGCUGUUUUUUUUUUCAUUCACGGACUUCUUGUCCUUUCAUAAGAACAGAGUAAUCUACUCACUUGCAAAUGGACAACUAAAUUGCCA